UCACGGCCCCGCUGCCUUCUCCCUGCCCUAGACGAAAAGGGGGGCAGGAGCAUUCAGAGAGCUGGAUCCCCAGCGCCCCAGAGGAAAGCACUGGGGGCGGAGGGGCCUGCCAUGGAAGAGUGGGGCAUCCUGGGCGAACGGCAGAAGGAGCUCUACAGGGACAUCGUGAAGGAGAACUACGGGGACGUCAUCUCGUUGGGCGUCCCCAUGGUUCAGCCCAACAGGAUCUCCUGGAUGGAGCAAAGGAAAGAACCGCGGGUCCCGAGCCAGGACCUAGACCAAGAACCAGAAGGAAGGGAAAGCGCAAGAGAGGCCCACACAGACGAUGGGACGACCAGUGAGAACGAAGAAUGGGAAGAGGAAGACGAGGAAGCACGGCCUGCUGCAGGGAGUGACGGCAACCCCGAGGAACCCCCCGUGGCCGCCCCACCGGUCCUGGACUGGGAGGAAGCCUGCGAGGCCCUGCAAGGUAGCGGUGUCAGUGCCGGUGUCAGCAGCGCGAAGGCUAGAGGGGAAAAGCCCACCCGCGGGAGGCGGCCCUGGGGCAGCCGGCCCUGUCGUCUAGGAUACCGCCGCGUGGGCGCUGCCCCCCCGAGAUUCUUUGACUGCCCCGAUUGCGGGAAGCGGUUCACCCUGAGCUCGCACCUGAUCCGGCACCAGCGGGUGCACACAGGGGAGAGGCCGUUUGGGUGCCGGUCUUGCACCAAGAGCUUCUCGCAGCGGUCGGACCUGGUGCGCCACGAGCGCACACACACCGGCGUCAAGCUCUACCGCUGCACCCAGUGCGACAAGUCCUUCUCCGAGAGCUCCCACCUCAUCCGCCACCAGAUCAUCCACUCGGGGGAGAAGCCGUUUAAGUGCAACGUUUGCGGCAAGCGUUACGGCGACAGCUCCUACCUCACCGUCCACCAGCGGGCCCACACGGGGGCCCGUCCGUACCGCUGCGCCCGCUGUGGCAAGAGUUUCGGACGGUCCUCCACCCUCAUUCGGCACCAGCGGGUACAUGGCGACCCAGCCCCCGCCCCCGGGGACAAGCCACGCCCCCGGGGCAUCUGGACGGCGUUCGCCCGCCUGCCGAGCGACGGCGACUCUGAACAAAUCCUGUCCCCUCAGGGGUCGCCGACAUCGCCCGGGCCCUCCCUCACGUCAUCCAUGCUGCCCCUGCCUCCUCCGCCUCACAUUGACCCACGUUCCAUGAGGAUUAUGGGGUGGCAGUGGGGGGUAGAAUAAAAGGUCAGACGUGUGGUCAGGAGGCGGGGCAGCGAUGCCGGUGGCAACCACUUGCUUGGGAAGGGAUUGGCUAAUGCCCGGGACUUUUGGUUGUGAUUGUCAGGAGGAGAAAGAACUUCCGUGAGGAGAAAGAACUGGUCAUGGCUCCUUGGCUGAUAGAGAGGGAGACAGUUACCAAGGUGACCGAAGAACUCAUCGUUUUAUAAUUCAGAGUUUAUUGACCACUAGGCAGGGAGGUUGAUUGGAGGCUCUUUGUUGGGGGCAGUUGAUUGUCGGGGGGCUGAAAUGGGUUAGGGAACUGGGGUGUAAUGCAAAGACUUUGGUUAUCGGAGUUAAUUCCAUUUCUGGGACAGGGAAUGGCACAGAGGAAUGGUAUUCUAGGGCAAUGCAUCCGUUACCAGGGCAACAGAAUUGGGUCGUUUGGUUACCAUGGGUGAUUAGUUGCUAAGGAGAGGGGUGAACGGAUUGCCAGGGUUAUUCAGGGAGUGACAGUUUGGUUCCUCAGGCAACAAGAAAUUGGUUGAUAGAGCAAUCGAAUGUACAUUUGCUCACCGGGGUCAACUCUUCCCAUAAAGAAGGGCUCAAGCCAUGGGACCAGUUGCUUUAGAGCACUGGGAAAGGAAUGCUAAGUUUUCUUCCGGGUAACUAAGAGAUUGGAGGCUUAAGUGAGGUGCUGGUUGUCGGAAGAGGACAGCAGAGCUUGGAGACGUCAUUGCAAGUGACUGGUUUCCAUGGCAAUGGACAAACGGUGGCCAGGAGUGAUGGCUAACAGAAUGGGCGUUCGAGAAACCUGACUACUGCUACUUAAGGAAGGGCAGAACAUGACCCACAGCUGACGGAGGGAGAAGUGUAGUGCUCUCGUCUUCAUGAAAAUAUUCACGCUUGUUUCCCAGCUGAGGGGACUGGCUGAUUUAAAAGCCCGACCUUGCUAGGAUAGGAUCUGGAUUAGAAGUUGUUUUAUACGAGUCUUCGCCAACCCAGGCCGCUCUGGAUGAUUCAGGUGAUGGGAACUGUAGCCCAGAACAUCUGGACGCCCCCCCCCCCCGAGUCAGAGAAGGCCUCAUUUGCACAUUUAGGUCACAUUAAGGCACAUUAAGGCCUAGUUUGCACAAAGGUGAUAAGUCUGGGUCUGGGCUAUACCACUUUUGAUUGUGGGGGGAGCAAUAUGAAGCCCGCAUGAGUUUUGACUCCCCACAUAGAAGAGGCAGCAGGGCCAUGGUGUUUUGUUCACUGCCAGCUCUGCCCUUUGACGUACAGAGGACCCAUCUGAAGAGCACUGGCAACAUGGAAUGCGGCCUUUUUCAUCAACGCCAUCUAACUCAGUGUUGUCUUAGUUAGCGUCUCUCUCCUGUCCUACAUAGAAAUGCCUGAAAUUGAACUGAGUGUUUCUCCAUACAUAGCAGUUCCUUCCACACAGAGAUCUCAGGGUGGAAGGUUCUAGCCGCAGGGUUCCCAGCUGCACUGUGCAGAGACUACUUACACAAAAUUGUAUUGUGGCUAGGGCCACAGGUUCAUUUAAAUCAGGGGCACAAGACCUUAAGCCUGGGGCCCAAAUCCAGCCCAGCUGGGGUCCCGAUUCAGCCAUCUGGGUUCCCCGACAGCCACACGCCUUCCCCCAACCACGGUUCAUUAGGUGGCUUCCCGGCCUUUGUAUACUUUUCCCCACUCUAAAAAGUUUGAAAUGCCUCCCCGAAGGUUUGAUUACAGACCGUAAAAGCUUUAAGCUAAUAUAGGCUGGCAUUUUUUUUUUGCUCCACCCCCUUUUGCCCCGCCCACCAUGGGGAUGUGCCCUCCGAAAUGGAAUUCUGCCCCUGGGUUGGGAAAGAUUCGACAACCCUGGUGUAAAUGAAGAUCUGAGGCAGGAAUUAAAGGAUCCAGUCCGACACCUGGAAUCGAGCAACGAAGUCCAGCACUCUGUUCACACAGUGGUCAGCCAGCUGUCAACCAGGGACCAACAAAGCAGGACACGGUGCAACAGCACUCUCCCGCCCAUGUUCCCCAGCAACUGGUGCACAGGCUUUCUGCCUCGGAUCCUGGAGGUAACACAUGAAUCGAGUUGCUCCAUUUGCGCCCAGCGCCUCAGCUGGAAUAAGAUGCCAAUAUAUUGUAAGCCCUUGCUUCUCUGGCGACUUUCAGGUCGCUGCCUGCCCCUCACUACUCUUCUGUCCCUUGAGGACAAUGUGGUUCUGGUCUGGUCUGUCAUCUGCAAUGAUCAUUGAACUUGCUCUUCAGAGUCUGUAAACCUCCGUGCUGCCCCCUGACAUCCGUCAUUUUGAAGCUGAGAACAGGAGUUCGAUGUCAGGGCAUUUUAGUCUAGCCUUUGCUAGCUUUCUGUGUGCAAGGUCAUAUGGAGGUGCACUCAGUCACUUCCAGCCCACAGCUGGAGUUAGAUAUGUGGUACAGUCCAGAAACAGGUCCACCUCCUUGAUGAGAACUGGGCCUUGGUUAGGAAAGUUACUGGGGCCUCUUAGUUGUCGGUGGGGAGAGGGAUUUUGAAUGAAUAAAUUUAUUACGGUCAUUGACCAGAACCAAUCAAAACAUUAAUAACAAACAGACAGUCCCAAACACAUACAUACAUUAUUAUAUUACAUACAUCCAGCAGUUGCUGAGAAAUUGUAUCACACAAUCAGAGGCUGCAAUCGACGGCUAAAAGAUUUUAAAAUAAUUUGACCACUUUAUUCAUAAUAUGUGGUAUCUCAUCGGAGAGAAACGGGGAGAGGGAUUGAAAUCGCCAAGUGCAGAUGGUUGCUUGGGAAAGAGCUGACAAGGCUGUUGGUAUUCCUUGGAGCCAGAGAGUUCAGAGGGAAUGAUGGGGUCAAGGGCUGGUCCGUUACCAAAUAGUGGCUUGGGAGAGGAAUGUUAGUUGUUGAGUGGUUUGUUUUUUUGCUGGGAUGGGGGAGGCAGAGCCGGCCAGUUGGUUGCUAGGGCGGGGUGUGCAAAGGGUUAGAGACUCCAGGGGCAGUUGGCCGGUGCUAGGAAGGGGGGCAACAAGCCACGUGGUUUGGUUGCAACAGCCCACCCUGUUGCAGGGGCUGGUUGCUCAAAUGGGAGGGGAUCAGUUACCGAGGCAGCUGGCCGCUAGGGUGACGGACAUUGGUGGAUGAGUUUGGGUUGGCUUCUUUGUUGUUUCCUCUGUGGUUCGUUUAGGCUUCCCAACUUACACUAAUUAAGACAACCUUCCUCAACUUCUCUGGGGGCUUUCUGGGAGUCGUAGUCCAACACAUCCGGAGAGCGUGAAGUUGGGGAAAGCUCCAUGAAGAUAUCUUCGCCUCUUUUCGUUCAACCUUCUCUUUUCUGUCAGCCGCCUCCCCCUUCAAAAUUGGUUGAUGCUUUGCUGUAUUUCUCCCAGAGACCUUCAGGCCUUGGUCUCUCUCCAAAUUCGUGUUUUGGCAUCUAGGAAAAGAAGAGGAGAUUUGGACCUGGGGCACCCCUCGGAAUUUAAACAGGGAUGACCUGAGUUGACCAGAAAUGAGGUGGCGGUGUCCAAGGAAGAUCUGAAAGUGGGU